AUGGCCACGAUCCGUGGAUCGCGUUUGCCAAUCGGCUCGGCGCCAUGGAUCUCGGAGGAGAGAGCAGCAGCUCUCCAGAUCGUGGAAGACGAGGCUGAAGAAUUCUCCUACUCGGUUCGAAACGAUUUCGAGUGGUUGAACGAGCAUAUGGCCGGGAUCUUCGACGAGAAUGAAAUCAAUGUCGCCGAGAUGUUUAAGACUCCUGGAAAGUUAAGAGCGAAGACUCCAAGAGCAAUUAGGAAACCGGAAAAUACAGAAGCGAGAGUCCCUCUGUCAGAUAUUUUCUCGGGAACGCCCCGUGGAACGGCAAACCCGUUCCUCCAGCAGCUUAACCGACUCAACUCCCCUUCACCCAUGGCACCGACCGAACUGAAAAAGCCCUCGACUACGACCCCUGCAUAUUCGCCAGCCAAAAGGCCUCUUCCCUCUCCGAAUCGACAGAUUCCCGCUCCCAUUCCUCAUGCAGACUCAGGGUACCACGGAAGUCAAUCUCAGGAGAUUGAUGACCUGGGGAGCCCUAGCCAGACCCGUGUGCCGCUGAACGCGAAGAGCCCGGUUAAGGCUGCUUCUCCCAUCGGCUCGCCUACCCUCCACAGGCAACAGAGCCCGACUCGGACAAGAGUGCUCCAGUCUCCUACAGCUACCUUCCUAACAGCAAAGGAAGAACAAACUGCGAGAGUCAUCCCAGAUGCCACCCAACAGAUCAUAUCCCCGACAACUACCCGCUCUAGAAAUAUCCCACCUCAAAGUAACGCGCCAUCAUCCCACGCUUCAGCUCCGCGCUCUCCUUCCCCCAUAAGAUCUUCUCCGGUCAAGUCUUCUCCUAUGAAGAUGUCUCCCGUCAAGGCCUCUCCUCUGAAGACCCAAGUUGGGUCACCCAUCAUCCGAAAGCCAGUACCGAGCCAGGCCGAGCCAAAACAAGAGGCAGAUGAUGAGCAGGACGAUGAGCACUCCCAUUCUGAUAACUCUAGCCCAAUCAGGCCCGCUCUUCGUAAGAGCAGUCUGAACUUUGCGACGUUGCCUGCCCGAGAACCCUUGACGACUGGAAAGAGCAUGGGUGGUAGGAUGUCGCGAACCAGUCACCUGGAUCUUAACAGGACCAGUUACUACGGUAGACCCACCGGCGGCAAGAGCCUUGGCAACACCAUCAUUCCACCACCAUCGACCGACGACGACGAGAUGGAUGUGGAUGAAGAUGAGGAAACCGUGUCUCAUAAACCUACUGAAGCCAUCACAGACCAUAAUAAGACGUACACCCAGCGUCUUCAGGACCGGAUCGGCAUGCUUGGACAGUCUCAGGCUAAAGCCAGCCGUCCAUCCAAGUCUAUUGCGAACCUCGCCCCUAUCAAUACGGCUUCCACCCCUGCCCCGGCGCGACACGAUGAGAAAAGGCCAUUUAGCCCCAUCCGAAAGCCAACGACACCUGGUGCUUUCCCUGGUGAUGAUGACGACGACGACUGGAUUGACCCCCCUGUCACAGUUGCCAAGCAACCCAGCCCUCGUCCCGCCGUUCCUCCAAAGGACAACGCGUACGGCCCGAUGCCGGGCAAGGCUAGUUCCGAAACUGAGAGUGCCGAUUUUGUUUUGCCUAAGCAGCGACAACCAACAAGCCGACCGAACUCACCAUACAAGCCCCCGAUGAUUCCCGAGAGGACAACUAGUACAUUGACACACAUGAAAUCUGCGUCCGUCUCAGCGCUCCCUAAUGCGAAGCUGCAAGAGGAUGACUCCGCAGGCUCCCCAAAGAAGGGAAUCUCGGUCUCAAACCCCACUUUGGCGACCGUUUCGGAAUCGGACCGUCCCGGAACACCCAUGAAAUCCCCUUUGCGAACGGCCCGUGAUAGCCCUCUGAAGCAGGUCAAGAAUAAGUUGUCCUCUAUCCUUAAGAGCUCUAAGGGACUUCUUGCCAGUAGCGCAGCUAUUAGUGCAGAGGGAAAGUCUUCUAUUCUAUCCCCGUCUACGACUCGUCUCGAAUGCUUGCCAGGUCCUUCGUCAGAAUCGAUUGCGCAGCCUAAUCUCGGUGAAUCGAUGUACCCCGAUCUGUCAAAGGUCUUGCCCGAUGCCCAGUCUCUCUUCUCGAGACCUGCAAGCCCGUCGAAGCCCAUUGGGCGGCGCACGCGGGCAUCCGCUGAGCGCGAGCGCAAGGAGAAGAUGAUGGAGAAGGAAGCCCGUCGAUUAGCUGAUCAGAUGGAGAAGCUCGAGAAGGAGCGCGAAAAGGAGCGUGAAAAAGCGCGAGUGUUUAGCAAGGAGCAAGAGAGAAUUGCGGCCAUGGAGAAGCAGGUUGCUGCACAGAAGGAACAGGAGAGGAAGCGCCCGGUUGAGAAGGAACCUCCAAAGCCAGUUAGGUCUAGUCCAAGGAGAGCCAAGCCACAAGUCCAGGAGCAAGAUGUCGAGAUGCAAGAUGCAUCGGCUGCGAUGCCCCCUCCACCUCCGCCAUCAGCCACUCGCGCGGGCGGUCCAGGCCCCGCUAUCCGAAGCCGUGAGCUCAAACGACCGACGCGACCAACGAAGGACAGCGCCACCAAGUCCAAGGCAGCACCCACGGUUAUCAAGGUCAACAUGGGGGCCCAUCAUUCGCAGUAUCAUCCGUCCAACAAUGCCCUCUCUGCCAACCUGCACGAGUCUCUGGCCCCCAGCGCACCUCAGACGCAGGCCGCUACCAAGCCCAGCCAGACGAAGCUGAAGUCGAAGAGCUCAGUACAGAGCCUUAAGAGUUCAGUCUCCUCGACGGGACGUCCCAAGGCGCUGGAGCUCGCAGCGAAACGGAAGGAACAGGAAGAGCGCGAAGCUCAGCGCAAGCGCGAAGCAAGGGCAGAGAUAGAACGCAAGAGGGCUGCGAUGCAGGAAGAGGAGCGGCGCCUCGAAGCGGAGAGGCAGAGGGAAAAGGAGAGGGAGUUAGAAGCCAAGAAGGCGGCGCAGAGACAGGCGGCCAUUGAGAAGGCCAAGCAAACGCGGGCUCCACCUCCGGCAGUACGAUCGCAACCCAACGGACCACCUGACUACGCAGCUGCUCAGGAACAGCAGGCAACUUCACAGCCGCCAAGACCUCCAUCGCGGCUUGGCUCGUCGGUUUUCCGAUCUCAGGAGGAUCUCAACCGGCCAGUCAAUGCCCUCUUGUCGAACGCGAACAAGGCCCAGAAACGGCCGCUGGGCCAAGAUAACGACGCGGGUAAUGCCCGUGCACAACAGGCGCGCAACGGACCUACAUACCAAGGCAAGGAUGCCAAGCGACGACGGACAAGCCAAGAACCGGAUGAGGACAUGGAGAGCUUGCCUAACAUCAAGGGCCCUCCUGUCCGCCCUUCGGCUGGUUAUAAGAAGCCGGAGGUUCAGAACAAGUCGAUGUUCCUCGGCGGGUACACAGCAGUGCCACCGGCAAGCGCACCCCGCGAUCUAUUCAAGACAGCGGUCACAUCCCAGCACAACGGUGCCCUAAAGGCAGCUCACCCGCUCGAUAUGGCACAGGUUUCCAAGGGCGCAAUCCCAUUCGCAUCUAAUCCUGGCCAGACAGGAACCGCUUUCAAGACGCCUGCCAGGCCGGGGGCGGUUGCUACAGUUAAGUCGACGGCGAAGUCGGCGCCGCGCACGUCACCGCGCUUCCCCAACGGCGACUCUAUCGAGCUGCCAGAAAUCGAUACGGACGACGAAGACGAGGAUUCAGACAAUGACCAGGGCGUGGUAGCGUCCUGGGCAGACUCGCCGGACCUCCGCCGUGCGUUGUUGAGGCAGGAGACGAUGGAUCCAUCGCAGAUCUUUGGGCCGCCGGCUCCCCUCAAUAUGGAAGAGGUAUUCAGCAAGAGCAAGGACAGGUGGCACAAGUUCAGGGCUCGCACGUCGAGCGCUAACUGGAGCGGUGCGGACCGCCUGACGGAGGAUGACAUCCGGAAGGAUAUGGCGGCUCGAGACAGGCUCCGGCGGGAAGGAGCAUGGACUUAUGAGUUGAGCAAGGACAUGGCAUAG